AUGGCGGCGGCGGUGCUGGCGCGGUGCCUGCGGGGCGCCCGGCGCCUCCUGCCCGCGGGCGCCCGGCGGGAGAGCCGCGAGCUGGCGCGGCUGGCGGGGCCCGUGUUUGUAGCCCAGUUGCUGGGUUUCCUGAUCAGUGUGGUCAGCUCCAUAUUCUGCGGCCAUCUGGGCAAAGCUGAGCUGGAUGCUGUGACACUGGCUGUAUCUGUUAUCAACGUGACAGGCAUCUCCAUUGGUUCUGGUUUAGCCUCAGCAUGUGAUACACUGAUGUCCCAGACGUAUGGUGGCAAGAACUUGAAGGAAGUGGGCAUCAUCCUGCAGCGAGGGAUCCUCAUCCUGCUGCUGUGCUGCUUCCCUUGCUGGGCAAUCUUCAUCAACACUGAGCAGAUCCUCCUGCUCAUCCGACAGGACCCUGAGGUCUCCAGGUUAACACAGCUCUACGUGAUGAUCUUUAUCCCAGCUCUUCCUGCAGCGUUUCUGUACCAGCUGCAGACAAGAUAUUUACAAAAUCAGGCGAUCAUUUUGCCUCAAGUGAUUACGGGUAUUGCAGCCAACAUCCUCAACGUGGCCAUGAACGCCAUCUUUCUGUAUGCACUGAAGCUGGGCAUGGUGGGCUCUGCCUGGGCCAACACUAUUUCUCAGUACACGCAGGCCAUUCUCCUCUUCCUUUAUGUGUGGUGGAAGAAGAUCCAUGUGGAGACCUGGGGAGGCUGGACCAAGGCCUGCCUCCAGGACUGGGGUUCCUUUAUCCAUCUGGCUGUGCCCAGCAUGCUCAUGAUGUGUAUUGAGUGGUGGACCUUUGAGAUCGGGAGCUUCCUGGCAGGGCUGCUCAGCGUUGUGGAGCUGGGUGCACAGUCUGUGAUCUACGAGCUCUCCUGUGCAGCAUACAUGGUGCCAUUAGGCUUCAGUGUGGCCACGAGUGUCCGAGUGGGCAAUGCCUUGGGAUCGGGGGAUGCAGUGCAAGCCAAGACCUCCUGCAUCACUGCCCUGCUGUGCUCAGGAGUGUUUGCUGUAGUGGUUGCAACAUUGCUGGGAGUCCUAAAGGAUAUAGUGGGCUACAUCUUCACUAGUGACAAGGAGAUUGUUACCUUGGUGUCCAAAGUGAUGAUGAUCUUUGCUCCAUUCCACUUGUUCGAUGCAGCAGCAGCAACCUGUGGCGGUGUGCUGAGGGGCGCAGGGAAGCAGAAGAUGGGCGCUAUCGCCAACGCUAUUGGCUAUUAUGCCAUCGGCUUACCCAUCGGCAUCUCGCUGAUGUUCGCAGCUAAGCUGGGGGUGUUAGGUCUGUGGGUGGGGAUGAUCAUUUGCAUCUCUUUGCAAGCCCUUUCCUUCUCAACCUUUGUCAUGCGCAUGGACUGGAAGAAAGCUGCAGAAGAGGCUCGAAUCCGAGCUGGACUGGAAAAACAACUGGAAGAUGUGAACUCCAAUGGCACAACUGCUAACAAAACAUCUGCUGUGGAUAAUGUCUCUGUCGAUGCAUUCACUGUGGACAUCAUGGUCUUGCCUGACAGCGUUGUGGGAGGUGAGAGGCAACCUGACCACCAGCUCAUCAUACAGGAGGAGCCUGCUGCCUCCCCUUCUCCUCCUGUGGUAGGGAGAGCCCUCAUCCUCCGCCGGGCCCUGGUUGCUGCUGCAGCCAUCGCUGUCCUGCUCACAGGCCUGCUGGUCCGGCUCCUGACUGGCAAUGGAUAG